AUGGCUGUGCGGGGGUGGGAUGCUUCGAGGCUCCAUGUUCAGCUGCAGCUGGCUCGCUGUAACUCCACUUUAGUGUCCAACGUGUUGAUCUUCUCCUGCACCAACAUUGUGGGAGUCUGCACGCAUUACCCCGCUGAGGGUUCCCAGAGACAGGCCUUCCAGGAGACCAGGGAAUGCAUCCAGGCUCGCCUCCACUCCCAGAGAGAAAACCAACAGCAGGAACGUCUUCUGCUCUCAGUGCUUCCCCGCCACGUUGCCAUGGAGAUGAAAGCCGACAUAAACGCCAAGCAGGAGGACAUGAUGUUUCACAAGAUCUACAUCCAGAAGCACGACAACGUCAGUAUCUUAUUUGCAGACAUCAAGGGUUUCACCAGCCUGGCAUCCCAGUGCACAGCCCAGGAGUUGGUGAUGACUCUUAAUGAACUCUUCGCCCGCUUUGACAAGCUGGCAGCGGAGAACCACUGUCUGCGGAUCAAGAUCCUGGGAGACUGCUACUACUGCGUAUCUGGGCUGCCAGAGGCGAGGGCCGACCACGCCCACUGCUGUGUGGAGAUGGGGAUGGACAUGAUAGAGGCCAUCUCGCUGGUACGUGAGGUGACUGGGGUGAACGUGAACAUGCGAGUGGGAAUCCACAGCGGCAGGGUGCACUGUGGGGUGCUGGGACUCAGGAAGUGGCAGUUUGACGUCUGGUCCAAUGACGUCACACUCGCCAAUCAGAUGGAGGCUGGGGGCCAAGCUGGGCGUAUCCAUAUCACUAAGGCCACUCUGAAUUAUCUGAACGGGGACUACGAUGUGGAGGACGGAGCAGGUGGAGAACGAAAUGCCUACCUGAAGAAGCACAACAUAGAAACCUACCUCAUUGUCGGCUGCAGUCAGAAAAGGAAAGAGGAAAAGGCAAUGAUUGCCAAAAUGAACCGACAGAGGACUAAUUCUGUCACCCAAAACAGUGGCCACUGGACGGACCGACCGUUCUACAACCACAUGGGUGGCAACCAGGUCUCCAAGGAAAUGAAGAGGAUGGGCUUUGAAGAUCCCAAAGACAAGAAUUUCAUAUUCAGAAAUGCACAAGAAAACCUAAACCCAGAGGACGAGGUGGACGAGUUUUUGGGCCGCGCCAUCGACGCACGCAGCAUCGACCGCCUGCGCUCCGAACAUGUCAAGAAGUUCCUGCUCACCUUCAGAGAGCAUGACCUGGAGAAAAAAUACUCCAAACAGGUGGACUCCAGGUUUGGGGCUUACGUGGCCUGCGCCUCCCUCGUCUUUCUCUUCAUCUGCUCCAUCCAGAUCAUCAUUGUGCCAUCCUCCAGUCUGAUGAUUGGUUUCUUCGUCACCGGUUUCAUUAUCCUGACGGCUGUCAUGUUCGUCUCAACUGUGUACUGCUGUUUCGGGCUCUUCCCAGUCCCUCUGCAGACUCUUUCUAAGAGGAUAGUCCAGUCCAGACUGAACAGCACUCUGGUGGGCGUCUUCACCAUCAUCGUCGUCUUUGUUUCUGCUUUCAUCAAUAUUUUCACUUGCAGCAGCCUUGACCUACGGAGUUGUAUAAGGGAAGAGCUGAACAUCAGUCUGGCCACAGUGAACGCCUGCCAUGCUCACCUCCUCAACUACAGCCUGGACACACAACAGAGCCCCUGUGGAGACGAUGGCCUCGUCUGCAGCUUACCUGAGUACUUCUCGUCCUGUGUGCUGCUGAGCCUGCUGGCCUGCUCCGUGUUCUUGCAGAUCAGCAGCAUCGGUAAACUCUUCCUCUUGCUCUUCAUCGAGCUGAUCUACCUCCUCGUCAUGGAGGUGCCCAAAGUGAGCCUCUUCGACAACCAGGACCUGCUGGUGAUGGCCAACGCUGUCAACAUUGUCGAGCACAUGAAUGGAACAAGCUGUGUGGUGGACUCCAAGGUUCCUCUGAAGAUCAUGACCCCGGUGGUCAUCACUGUCUUCGUUCUCGCCCUCUACCUUCACGCCCAGCAGGUAGAGUCUACAGCCAGGCUCGACUUCCUCUGGAAGUUGCAGGCCACAGAGGAGAAGGAGGAGAUGGAGGAGCUUCAGGCUUAUAACCGCCGUCUACUCCACAACAUCCUCCCCAAAGAUGUGGCCGCCCACUUCCUGCAGCGCGAACGGCGCAAUGACGAGCUCUACUACCAGUCGUGUGAGUGCGUGGCUGUCAUGUUCGCCUCCAUCAGCAACUUCUCGGAGUUCUACGUGGAGCUGGAGGGCAACAACGAGGGAGUGGAGUGUCUGCGGCUGCUCAACGAGAUCAUCGCUGACUUUGAUGAGAUCAUCAGCGAGGACCAAUUCCGUCAGCUGGAGAAGAUCAAGACCAUCGGCUCCACCUACAUGGCGGCCUCUGGCCUCAAUGACUCCACAUACGACAAGGUCGGGCGCUCGCACAUCCGAGCCCUGGCUGACUAUGCGAUGAGGCUGAUGGACCAAAUGAAAUAUAUCAACGAACACUCCUUUAACAACUUCAAGAUGCAAAUAGGUCUCAACAUUGGCCCUGUGGUUGCCGGGGUGAUCGGGGCCAGAAAGCCUCAGUACGACAUCUGGGGGAACACAGUGAACGUGGCGAGUCGCAUGGACAGCACAGGUGUACCAGAGAGGAUCCAGGUGACUGCAGACAUGUACCAGGUACUGAGCUCUUAUAACUACACACUGGAGUACAGAGGUUUGGUCACGGUCAAAGGAAAAGGAGAGAUGAUGACCUACUUUCUCACCAGUGGACCACCAAGCAGUUAACCUCAACUAAGCGACCAAUAGACACACCACGGUAGGCGCCUUAACUCCGCCGCUGAAAUAUGAAGCUGGCUCACGGACCUCUGAUAGCUUAUGGCGGACUGAGACCGACUGAAGCGUCCCUUCUCAAAGCGCCAGUCCUUUCUUAAACCUACUGAGGCCACAACGGGGAUGGAUGAGAAAGUGCCUCCCAAAGCUCAGCAUGCCGAGGAGACUAUGAGUGGGAAAGGCCUUGCUAGCCUGAAUUUGCCAUUGAGACCAAAGAUGUCCAAUCAGUGCAUAAAGACAGAUGUUGCCACCUGUGUAGGUCCAGGUCCUAAAGGAAGAAUGUUAUCAAAGAAAUUCUAUUAGCUUGUACCCGUAAAACACAGACUGUUUUAUGUGUAUGUAUAUGAUUUUAUGUACUGUAUGUUAAACACAUUUUGUCCAUGUUGUCGUGGUAUAGAUACAAAUCUCUCAAGUAUGGACACUCAGCCAGCACUGCAGCACUAUCCGUCCUUGAAUAUCUGAUCUCCUCAGUAAUUUACAGACUGACGGAGGAGUCGCAGUAAGUGUGUCUUAUCGUGGAAGAGUGCGAAAGAGAAACCGCUCCACCGUGUUUACAGAAAACUCUUCAUCAGAUCUAUAAAGUUACAAACUCACACUACAGUAUCAACAGCACAUACACAGACAACACAAAGGAUGUCACUGAAGAGCUUUUUCUUAUCUUCAACAUUUUGUAUUUUAACUUCAGAACACCAAACCGUAUCAGAUAUUUUAAGAUUCUAUAUUUUGUACAUUAAUAUAUUAGAGAGCUAUCUAUAAACACCAAUGCAUAUUCAGAUGUACAUACUGUAUCACUCUCAUGUCUUUCUGGCUCUUUUCACCCAAUUGAGCAUGACUGAUCUGCAGGUAGUUAACCGUUUGCUAAUAAGACUGCGCUACUGAUUAUUUCAGUCAAACCGAGUGGGUGCGCACUUUUAAUGACCGACUAGAGGUCAUAAAUGCAUCUGUCUUUUUGCACUCCAGUGCUUUCAGCCGUCCACCUCUUACUGCAUCGCUCCGCAACCACUUCUUGCUUGCUCAAUCAGAUGGUACGACCCAAUGAAUGUCCAAUGAUCUCCGAUGAGGCCUUUAAUAUGAACUCUAUACUGACGAUGGUGAUGAUGCUCAUCCUGUGGACAGGGACAGACAAGCCCAUGUGGAAAUGUGCCCUUUUUAUCUGAGCAGUUUUUUUCAGUAUUACUUGUGGUUUCAUUGAUUUAAGUGAUUUCUGAUUAUUGUAUGUUAUGUUACCACCUAAACAACACGACUGCUGGUUCUGUUUGUCUCUGCAGAGUAUAGGAAUCAGUAAAUGUCCAGACAAUGUCAAGUUUUUAAUUGAGAAUAUUGAGGACAGAAUAUAGCAAAUUUGAGACGGAAACGAUGAGGUUAACACAACUCAUUAUCCUAAUUUAUGAAAAAAAAAAAAAAAAAUCAUCAAAAUGUUGAGAGAUUGACUGACUUCGAUGCUCACUGUGCCCUCAGCCACAAGCCUAUUUGAUCCUUGUGAAGACAUAAACCUUUAAAACACUGUAAACAUUACAGGAGCAAAUAAAGCAUGUGUUAGGAUUAUUUGUGUAAUUAAUACGCAUUUGGUGCACUACAUUAGUUGACUCCAAAUGAAGUACAGUAAAUGGAGUACAGACUUUUACAGUGUUCAUUAUUAGAAUCCAUUAAUAAAUUGAUAAUACAUCUGAAUCAAAAUAAGGCACAAUGAAGUCUUGAAUAAAUAAAAAAAAGAUAAUUAAACAUUAAAAGAUAAUUAAAUAUUUAAAAUUAGAAGUAAAACCCACAGGGCAACUGCUGGAGCUCUGAUUGGCCUGCUGCAAUGUGUUGGCAGGAGUCUGGCCAAUCAGAGCGCCUGCUGCUCUGUGGGUAAAACUUCAAAUGUUUUUUUAGGUCACACACCGCACAUUACUUUAAAUGAAUCCCAAAAUAAAAACAAAUGUAUAGGUGGAAUUACAAACGUUAAAUUUAAGAGGAUUUUUAAAACAAUGUGAUUGUUCUAUUUAAAAAAAAAAAAAAAAAAAAGGUCAGGUAUUUAAAGUCAGAAUUAGGAAUUUGUAAAUUUAAACUUUGUUUCACUUAGUUCUAUGAUUCAUAAUCAGAAUGCAAAUAUAAUUAAACAACUCGUAAUAGCUUUUUAAAAUUGAUGAACAACGGAGUUCUAUGAUAAGAUCUAUCCGGGUUUUACUACACAGGCGAGACUUGUUGGUAUGAUCAAUUCAUUGAUGAUUUUGGUAUUUUCAUGAGAUAAAUGCCAAUGUAUAUUGCCACCUUUUAAAUUGCUUUUAGUUUCCUGUUUGAAAAGAAAAAGAGAAACUCAGUCAAUGUGUUUGCUGCUUUGAGCCCGUAGAAUGCAAUGAACCUUGCCCUGGU